UCUCCCUCAUGGUUCUGUGGUAGGCUAGGCCUUGAGGUGCACCACAGCCUGAUCAUGGUGGUAGCUCAAGGAUUUAUCUAGCAGUGCAGACCCCCUUAGGUCAAUGCAGUGAUGAGGGGGCUGCACAGAUGCUGGGCGAAGGUAGAUGAUGGUAGAGGUGUCCUGGUUAUGAUGGUUCCAGGUGCCCUUCAUGUUGGUGUGGACAAAGCCAAGGCACCAGGAGUAGAGGAGCUGCAAUCGAAAUUGGUGACAUCAAUGAACAACGUAACUUCAUGCACAAAAUGGAAGAUCAAGAACUUUAAACAGUACAAUGGACUGCAGUGCUCUAAGAUACCAGGGAAGCUGAAGCAGAUCGAUGCAGGUGCUGGUCAGAUUUAUGGCGUCAAUAAAGAUGACAAUAUCUUCAAACUGAUGGGCCAACAAUGGAAGCAGGUUCCUGGAAAGCUGGACCAUGUGACGGUCGGUGAAGCCGGUAUCUGGGGAACCAACAAAGCGAAUAAUAUCUUUAAAUUACAAGAUAACAAGUGGAAGCAGGUAUCAGGUCGUCUGAAGCAGGUGGACGCAGGUGGGAAUAAAUUCCUGUCUGGAGUCAAUUCAGGGAAUUCGGUUUUCUGCCUGAACCAGGAUAAAACCGUUUCCAGAUCUACAUCCUUCUCCUAUACCAAACUAGAUGGGAGUCUGAAGUAUUACAGCUGUGGCCUUAAUGGCUGCUGGGGUAUCACUCCCACCAAUGACAUAAUGUACCGCUACGAUGUGAAGCCCACCGAAUGCAGGGGAAGUCACUGGAAGAAGGUCAAUGGCAAAUUGGUCAUGGUGGAGGUCGGCUCAGAUGGCUCAGUGUAUGGUGUGAACUCCGAGGGAACUGCAUUUAAAAGGGAAGGGAUCUCGGCUAAAAUGCCUACUGGAAACUCUUGGUCCCGGCUGAAUGUCCCCGGCACUUUCCGACACGUUUCUACUGAUGGGGGAGUCGUGUGGCUUCUCAACCAGAAUGGAGACAUCCAGAAAUGCAUAGUCUAAGGCUCCUGAGAGCCAACCUGGUGGUGAGGUCAUAUGAUCACACAACAUAAAACCAAUAUAAAAAUAUAAAAUGAUAGAAAAUAUUGAUUAAAACAUAAAAUAAGUUUUAAAAACCCACAACGCUUUGUUUUCUGUAAUAUCUAUUGCAUGAAAUAAAACCUGC